AACGACCCGACCCAGAUUCAGGCUAAACGUAUGAACGACUUAAGGUCCCAUUCCAAUACGGGCGAUCCUGCAGACAGACGGCAUCGUCAGUACGACAAGGUGACACGCCUCUUUUAGGAUAUGCCGAGCUGUGCCACUCAGGAGCAGCGCUGCCUGGGAUGGAAGAUGCAAGACAGACCGUAGCACACUAGCUUCAAGCAUGGACGCCAACAACACCGAUAGGAGUGCCGCAUCGGUGCGCAGUGAAGAGACAUCGUCCGCAUCUCUUUGGCCUCCUCCCAGCUCAGAGGUCGCUUUUGUGCGACGGACGCUGCAUGCGUCUCUUGGGCAUGAUGACUCGAUCUCCGCCUUGCUGCCUCUCGACCUCCUCGUGUCGCCAGAUCCGAGGGAAGAUGCCAAGGCGGAUGCACUGCGAGCACUCGACCACGAGAGCGCAAUGCUUCUAGCACUCCUGAUGCGGGAUACCGUGCUGCCGUGGUACAGCAAACUUACUCCGGAUCGGCAAUUGCUGGGUGAAGUGCACCGUAUAUUGGGCCGGGUCCUCAGGACUGUCACGCAGCGGUUUCAAGCACACGACGAGCCCUCUUCAAGCAGCCAAUUGCAGGCCUUUGUCUGCACAGAACUGCCACUUAUUUUGCGUAAUCAUGUCAAAGGCUUUCGAGAGGCCGAAGAGAGGUCUCACUCUGCAUACCUCCCUUCAUCCGAUGGUGCAAGCACCCCUGUUCAAAAGCUUGCCGUGUGCCACGCCGCAUCCCACCCCCAUCCAGCACUUGCUCCCCAAGGCACGGUGCUUGGCAAGAUCUCGCAGCUCUAUCUCCGGACCCUGACCGAGUCCCUCCUUGUCUCGUUGCUGCCACCUGAGGACACGGCGCCGGACACGGAGCGCGCUAUUGUGCGGGACGUCAUCGUCAGCGUGCUCAGGACUGUGCUUGGAAGGCUUAGCAGGCCGUGGUUCAUCGUACAAAGCUUGAACAAGGCGCUUGACGCCGCUGGAGUAGCGGACUGGGACACUGAGAAGCAGAAGCUCGUUCGCAACAGUCGGCAGGCUGAGGGAGCGAAGUGCCUUGAUGCGACAGACGCCCUGCGGGGUCAAGCGAAAACCGCCAUGUUCACGCCAAACUCGCUUGUACAGAGCUUCCUUGCGCUGCUCCAAGCCCUCUUCGUGAUGAUGGUGCCACAUGCUGCCGCCCUCUACUCUGGUUUCUUUGACCUGAAUUUCAUCACUUCGAGCAGCAAAAGCAGCGCCUCGCGUGCCGGCCACCUGAGGAGCCUCGAGCUGGAGGCCAAUAUCCCCGGGUUCGACACGGACGUACCAACUGGCGCGCUUCCAGACUUCGCCGAAGGGAAGGGCGACUUUGAUAUGCUGGGGGAGAUCUCCGUAUCUGGAUUGCGUGGGCGAAGAAUGGCGCGAGCGGAGAGACAACAGGCUAGCGAAACGACUGCAAUGCUCGAGAGCAGGACGCCAGGUGGCAGGCCUUGGAGCGUUUGGGUGGCCGCGGACACGGAGAGCGCAGCCGAAGUUCAAGCCGACGGUUAUCCCAUCACAGAAGGGGAGGAGGAGGACAUGGGGGAUAACUCGAUGGAGGGCGUGCUUGCGGCUGCUGCGGACAGUUCAAGGCGGAAGCGUACCAGCAUGCGCAACAUGGUCAACGGACGUUAUCCCCAGCGCACACGCCGGAUGCCAACCCACGAUUGCCUGCGCAGCGAGGAUGCAAAGGAGAGAACCUUCGUGCAUGCUUAUCUAACCUUUGUCGUCGAGGCAUUGUUGCUUAGCCGGACACUAAUGGGCCAGGCGAUCACGCUGCUGAUCCGGCUCGUCGCAGCAUUCUCGUCUAGUAUGGUGGAGAGGCAUAUUCGCAGAUCCAUCAAAUCGACGCUGCGCGACACGCCGCAGCUCGCACAUGCGCUUCGCGAUAUGCGCUUCGCCGCGUUUCCGGAUGGGCACCUACCGCCUUCGCUUCCUGAUCCGGACGAUGCGCAGCAAGCAGCCAACUGGAUGCGCCUGCGCCAGCGCGUGCUGUAUUGCGCCCCGGCAUUCGUGCGGGGCCUGCUCCUCUCACGCGACCCGGAGCAACAGUUGGAGUGCGUGACAAACAUCCUGGCCCCCUUCUGUGCCCCCGAGGCAGCCGGGCCGAACACGCACCUGGCGCUCACGCUCUUCGAGCGGAUUGCUGCCGUGAUCGAGCCCCCACUGCUCGCAAACGAGGAGCAGCCAGUAGAAUGAAGACAAGGAGGCGGCACCUAUGACAGAGGCGAAUGUCACGCGUCUAUGUAUAUACCCCAUCUCCUAAGGAGUCGCAAAUGAGAUAUAC